UCCUUGUUCCCUCUCCUUCGCUCAUAUACGAGUGCACGAUGGUGUGUAACCAACAAGUGAGCUCCCCAGCCCCGUGCAGCCUGGAUCAGCAAAUGAGCAGUGACAAAAGGACACAGAGGUAUUUUUGAUCUACAGUUUGAGGAUGGGUGUAACCAACAUGUGGGACGGUGCAAGAGCAGACACUGAACAAACACAUGCUGUGUAGAUCAGAGGUUAAACUAGUUUAAUUUCAAAGGAAGUGAAAUUCAGACAGUCGUCGUUACAGAGAGGAGAAAUGGCGCAGAAAGGAGUUCAACUAGACCGGGAGGCCUUCUCUUGUUCGAUCUGUCUGGAUCUCCUGAAGGAUCCGGUUGCUAUUCCCUGUGGACAUAGUUACUGUAUGAACUGUAUUAAAAGCCACUGGGAUAAAGAGGAUGAGAAUACAAUCUACAGCUGCCCUCGAUGUAGGCAGACCUUCACACCGAGGCCUGUCCUGAGGAAAAACACCACGUUGGCAGAUUUAGUGGAGGAGCUGAAGAAGACUCGACUCCAAGCUGCUCCUGCUGAUCACUGCUAUGCUGGACCUGAUGAUGUGGCCUGUGAUGUCUGCACCGGGAGGAAACUGAAAGCCUGUAAGUCCUGUCUGCAGUGUCUGGCCUCUUACUGUGAGAAACACCUCCAGUCUCAUUUUGAAGCAGCUCCAUUAAAGAAACACAAGCUAGUGGAGCCCUCCAAGAAGCUCCAGGAGAACGUCUGCUCUCGUCAUGAUGAGGAGAUGAAAGUAUUUUGUCGGACUGAUCAGCAGUCUAUCUGUUAUCUCUGCUCUGUGGACGAACACAAAGGUCAUGACACAGUCUCAGCUGCAGCAGAAAGGAGUGAGAGGCAGAGAGAGCUCAAGGUGAGUCGACAAAACAUCCAGCAGAGAAUCCAGGACAGUAAGAAAGUCAAGAAGCUGCUCCAACAGGAGGUGGAGGCUAUAAACCGGUCUGCUAAUAAAACAGUGGGGAACAGUGAGAAGAUCUUCACUGAGCUGAUCCGUCUCAUGGAGAAAAGACGCUCUGAUGUGAAGCAGCAGGUCAGAUCCCAGCAGCAAACUGAAGUGAGUCGAGUCAGAGAGCUUCAGGAGAAGCUGGAGCAGGAGAUCACUGAGCUGAAGAGGAAAGACGCUGAACUGGAGAAGCUCUCACACACAGAAGAUCACAACCAGUUUCUACACGACUACCCCUCACUGUCACCACUCAGUGAAUCUACACCAUCAUCCAGCAUCAAGAUCCGUCCUCUGAGGUUUUUUGAGGACGUGACAGCGCCUGUGUCAGAAGUCAGAGAUAAACUACAGGACGUCCUGAGAGAGAAAUGGACAAACAUCUCACAGAUAGUGACUGAAGGGGAUGUUUUACUGUCAGAACCAGAGCCCAAGACCAGAGCUGAGUUCCUGCAGUAUGCACAGGACAUCACACUGGAUCCGAACACUGUAAACACACAGCUGUUACUGUCGGAGGGGAACAGGAAAGCAACACUGAUGACGAGAGAGGAGCAGCCUUAUCCCAGCCACCCGGACAGAUUCAUCCGAUGGCGUCAGGCCCUGAGUAAAGAGAGUCUGACUGGACGGUGUUACUGGGAAGUGGAAUGGAGAAUGAAACGAGUAAAUCUAGCCGUGUCAUACAGGGACAUCGGCAGAGAAGGCUCCAUGAACGAAUGUGCAUUUGGAUUCAACAAAGAGUCGUGGUUGUUAGAGUGCAACUGCAGCAAUAGUUAUAAAUUCAUACAUAACGGAGACAAAACUCUAAUCUCAGGCCCUCUUGCCUCCAGAGUAGGAGUGUACCUGGAUCACAGAGCAGGUAUUCUGUCCUUCUACAGCAUCUCUAAAACCAUGACCCUCCUUCACAGAGUCCAGACCACAUUCAGUCAGCCUCUACAUGCCGGACUGUGGUUUAGUGGUUAUAAUGGAGCCUCUGCUGAGUUCUGUCAGCUGACCUAGAUGAGAGAAAUUUGACAGGACAAGUCAAUUUAGCCCAAACAUAAUGCUGCAUUCAGUUUUGUUCAUGAUGUGUCUCUAACAGCUUUCAGUUCUCUGGACUCCAAAUCAAGGGGGGGGGGGAUAGCUUGUGUCCCCUUUAAAUUAAGCAUUUUGUGAUAUCUUGUCACAGGUGGCUUUGUUUUUCUUUCUUUUUUUCAAUCAAAACCAAAAUGGCAUAUUGUGUAUACAAUAUGCUGCAGGAGCCAUUUGUCUCUUUGAGUUGUUUCUAACUGCUGUACCUGUUCUUCUAUAGUUCGUUGCCUGAUUGACUGCAGAAUAAAGAAUUGUAUAUUUCAAA